AUGGCUACUUUAUUACAAUUUGGUAAAUCACUAUUUUCUGCUCGUCAAACACAUAUUAAUGAUCCAGCAAGUCGACCUUCAUUUUAUGAGCGUCAAUUUACUGAUAUCAAAGGUCAACCAUUAGAUAUGAAUGAAUUACGUAGCAAAGUUAUUUUACUUGUUAAUACAGCUAGUGAAUGUGGAUAUACACCUCAAUUACAUACAUUACAAGAAUUACAUGAUAAAUAUAAAGAUAGAGGCUUUACUGUAUUGGGUGUACCCUGUAAUAAUUUUGGUAAACAAGAACCAGGUGAUGAACCACAAGUAUGUUCAUUAUAUUCAAGUAAAUUUAAAACGACAUUUCCUUUAACAACCAAACAAGAUAAAGAUAAACCAAGUGAAGUAUUUCAAUGGAUUAUUGAUGCUGGUGGAAAUGAUGUAUUACCUAAAUGGAAUUUUCAUAAAUAUCUUAUUGAUCGACAAGGUCAUCUUGUUGCUGCUUGGAAUAGUCGAGUUAAACCAUUGGAUGAAGAAAUUACAAAAGCAAUUGAAUCGGUUCUCUAA